UGGAAUCACUUAGAUGCGAAUCGGGUACCGGUCGUUCAGGACGUGCAUGUAAUCGUGAGACGAAGGAAGACGGUCUAUCGCUUGUUAAUUUCUGACUCUGAUUCGGUUGGAUUAGUGUGCUCCCGUCCGCUUCGUGCUUGGGAUCCAGCAAAUUGAUGAUGCGGUUUUGUGAUUGAUGGUGAGAUACACUGACUGUUCACUGCAAACAACGGUGCGACAAGGAUAUGACAGUCGAAAUCAUGAACGGCAGUUUGUUUGGAUUGUUGUUUGAAGAGUAAUGUUUUUUGUUGGUUACUAAUAAGUUGUUGAUCUGCAGUGAGUGCAUCAGUUCGGGAAUGUUAAUGUUUCCGUCAAUAUGAUCGAUUUGAGCCAAUAGAAACCAAAAGUGCAAUCAAUGAUUUCUAUUUGCGAAUGAGCCAAAUGAGGAAAGUGGAAAAAGAAAAUUAAUUCCAAAGUUUUUGAGAGCGGAAUUCACGUGUUCGAAAACUCAGUGGUUGUUAUUUUUCCACCCAGAGCGUUCGGUGAAAACAGCAAUCAACGUGAAAGGAUGUUUGUGGAAGCUGUUUCAAAAAAGUGCACAAAAAGCAAGUUUUUAUUUCCGCCCCAUUUAACCCGAAAAUGUGAAACAGUGGCAAAUUAAUUUGUUGAAGUGUUGUUGGGUGAAAAAAAAUCAACCAAUACGUGGAAUUUACACGCAAUUAAAAUCUGUGUUGACAGAAAUGAAUGCGUCGAUUGGAUGAAGCGUGAAAUAAUUCGGUAGCGAUUGCAAAUAAUUACUGCAAUAAGUGAACGAAUAAAUCAAAUCGAAUGUGCAGCUGGGAGAGUACUGACCAGGGGAUUGAUGAAUUAAACAUGAACUGAAGGAUUAAUGUAAACUUUACCGGAUUCAAACUAUUUCUAUACAGAUCAUGCAUUCGUGGUUGAGUUAAAAAACGGCUGAAGCUUGCAGUGUCGCAUCCCACAGUUUGUAGUUGAACUCAGAGAUAGCGAACAAAAUAAACAGCAGUUUAUUUAUUCAGCUUCCUGACGUUUCUUCAGUGCACUUCCUUCAUCCAACCGGGACAGACAGCAUCGCGUCACAUCACGUCACGUCAAAGCAUCUCGCUGUCACUUAGCUGGCUUGGUCCGUGAAGCGUGUCGCUCGAGAACAACUGGAGCAAUUGCAAGGGACAUUCAAGAGAGCAUAAUUUAAAAAUAUAUUUAUGAAACUAGCUGAAAGCGCAGUAACAGUGUGAAUAAUGUCAUAAAUGUGGCCUUAGUGUAAAGCAAAGAUCAGAACAAGCAUUCACAAGAAGCCUGCUGGCGAAGAGCUCGAAAGUGUGCCGUAUGUGUGCAUCUGGCCGUUUGGAAGUGACGACACGAUAGGCCUAAUAGAGACGACAAGGGGAAUCAAAACACUCACCGGGUCGGUUCAGUCAAGUGCGGGUGGAACGGGUGUAGUUCGAAGAGCAUGUAAACACAAACAAACCAUUCUGCUGCGGACAUAAAAACAGAAGGAUCAACCGUUUCAUAGGGGGAAUGAAACCGCACCUUCCCAGCGAAUGAGUAGAGUAAACGAAGUGAGGCAAGUUGUUUAUUCUUCGGUACUGAUGGAACACUCAACGGGCGGGAAGAUCUAUAAAAAUCUUAAAUCCAUUAAAGAGUAGUUUCCAUACCGUUUUCGACGCCUACCAGCUCCUAGAGGGGCCAAUCAUGUUGGAGUACUACGACGACGGUUCAGUAGUUUUUGAAACGCCAGCUGAAUUCGAGGGGGGCAAUUAAAAAUUAAUGGGUAAACAACUCAAUCUUAACGGGUCCGACUAAUCGUUAUGGGAAAAGUGUAAAGUAAGUGCGAACAAGCAAUCAAACGUGUGAAUCGUGAGAGAGUUUCCGGUGAAUAAAAAUUAACGAGAGUGCAGUUUUCAAUUGGAUGCGCUGUAAAGUGCCGAUGCCGUGGCAUUCAACGGUAGGAGCAAUGUUUCAUCAACGGGACAGUGACAUCUGGCGGAGCAGUGGGAGCAGCAUUUUUCGGCGUUUCAUCAGUUUCGGUAUCCUGCUUCAAAUAAUUGCUAGUUUUGAUUAUGGCGCGCAAGCGAUGCGAUCCGUGCACCUGGUGGUGGACCCCCCGGCCGUGCGGCGAAGUCAGCAUGCCACCCUUCGAUGCCUGUUUGAUUUGGACGAUUCGCCACUGUACUCGGUUAAAUACUAUCGGGGCCAGCGAGAGUUCUAUCGAUUUUCGCCCAGCGAACAUCCGGAGAAGAAGACGUUUGCCUUUCCGGGAAUUAACGUCGACCUUUCGUUGUCAAACGCCAGCCAAGUAGUGAUCCGAAACGUCGGUUUCGGAUUGUCUGGAAACUUUUCCUGCGAAGUAACCGCGGAUGCACCAUCGUUUUCGACGGCGACCGGACACAUUCAGAUGCAAGUGGUUGAACUUCCAGACAGUGGCCCCACCUUGUGGACAGAGCACAAUCGGUACGAAGCCGGCGAUGUGCUGAGAGCUAAUUGCAGUGCACCUCCAUCCCGACCAAAGGCGGACUUGAAACUGACGUUAAAUAAUAUUGUGAUUUUCACCCCGGAGCAGACCGUUCGAACUACGACGGAUAAUCUGAUGACCACAGCCGUUUCACUGAGGCUUCAUCUACAGAGUUCACACUUCAGUGGCGUCCAAAUGGCGGGUGGAGGUGGCAGCGGAACCCUCAUUCUCAGAUGUACCGCCACAAUUGGAAAACUGUACGAGCGGUACUCGGAGCUGGAGCUUGGAGUACCUCAACGGGAUCCGGUCCCAGCCAGAGUUACUCUGACUGGAUCGAGCACUCGCAACUGCCAUCUAUCGUUUAUGGUCCUGUUGAUUUGCAUGCUGAUAACGGUCAUGUCUGCAGGGAUGCUUCCCCAGCAUCGAUUAACGGUGAUCCGGUUUCCUGCUAGGCCGCUCGGACGAAGAUAGUCUGCUUAAGCACAUUCUACCGAAAAAUAGCCGUAGUGAUACGAUAAUUGAAAAAUGCUUACCAAUGUCUCCCCACCCCUUCCUUUUUGAAAUACUUGUAGACAAGCCACAUCAAAAACAUAUUGCCAACCCGGAAGGAUGUUGUAAAACACGGUAGUACCGCCAAACCUGGUCAUAACAUGAUGGGGCUUCGCUCCGAGUGAUCAAUAUAAUUUGCUCUAACUGCAUCAUUCACUUCAAACGCAAAGGACAAAGUUCUCUUUGUGAGUGAGAAUACUCUCGAAGGAACAUGAAGGGUCAGUGUAAUGGUAUUUUUUAUAUAUUAGAACAUAUGUAUUUAGUAAAAGAACACACACGCGAUAGUUACGGGAGGAGGCACCAGCAAAUUGAAAGUAGAAUAUGUUGAAUUAGAUUUAAUUCUCGUAUGUUGAACUUUUUUCACACCGAUCACCAUUCACCGCUGUGGAACGGGACGCGGAGCGCGGAAUCCGAAGAGUAGUUGUAGCGAUUUUAGUACAUACAUUUAAUUGAGUCAGCAAGUGAACGGACAAAAAACCCGCUCCGGAGUACAGCGACUGCUGCUUGGCAGGACAUGAUACAAUUUAAUUUUAAUUCAACGACAGUGAAGAAAUGUGUGAUAGACAGGGUGACAAGCGUGUGUGCAAAUAGUAGUCUAGUGCCAGGAGUCAUCUACCAGUGCUACAGAAAAUGGUUCGAAUAAAAGUGUGAAUGAGCGACUGUAACGAAGCGAAAGGGGCCGCCUGAUGUUGAAUAUAAGCGAUCCGAAGGUAGAGAAUAUAUAGCAAAUGAAUAUAUAUUAUUGCUGCUACUAAGUAAACGUUAAUCUAAAUGUUGAAUAAUCAGAAUAAUACUGUCAUUUCCCCCUCCCACUGCUAUGGAGAGCACGACAAAAGCGCCGGAAUUCACACUGUCAAUUCCAUCAAUUCAGACAUAAAUUCGUAAAACGGUCAGUGAGAUAAAUUCGGGUAACAGUGAAUGCAAUGAAAGCAAAACAUAACUGCCUAGAGGUAGGCAACGUACGUGCGCUCAUUACAAUACUUAUGUCACGUUAUUUCAAUACCUAGAGAUUAUUUACAUUUCCGUAACUAAUUUUUGAAUUCAACUAACUUUAAUCUUUCAUGAAUCAAUGUAACAGUGAAACAAUUGUGAAAAUCUUUAGAAAGAACGUUACUUAUGAUUAUUCCAAAAAUCAUUUAUUUUUUAAAGUGAUAUCGACUUAUUUCGCUACGAAACGCACAUCUAUGAACAAAUACAUAAUUCACGAUAAUGAAGAAGAUGCAUCUAAUCCAAAAUUAAUAACACUACAGUUUUGUCAACACGGGUUUAGUGCGUAUUUUUGCAUUGUUUUCCUAAGAAUUUGACAAUUAGUUGAUUCAGAAUUCGUUACGAUAAUUUUGUUCAAAAACACAUUUCAUUCUUGCUUUAGAAUUAGUAUUAUGUUAAUCUCGGAAAUGUGGAAGCAACGGGUAGCCUCGGUAUGGAAGCUUUCUUAUGUCGUUUUCGCUUGAGAAAACUGAAACCCAGGGUAGUUUCAUCAAACAAGUACUUUUCAUAAAACUGUGUUGGUUUCGCACUUGUAGCAACAUGGAAUUUGAGCAAACCUGAUAUAAAAACCAGGUUUGAAACUGACUCGAUUUUCAGUUCAACAACAUUGAAACUAGGUUCGAAACUAGCUUCAAAUAAACGGUUUGACAGCAGUUAGGGCGGAAACUGGUUUAGGUUUAGCAUCAAGCGAAAACGACAUUAGAGUCACUGCAUUCGGCUGCAAAGUCAUGUUUCUUUUCGCAAAAUUCGAGUUCCAGAUGGCGGAUUAGACGGGGAACUGAAAGUUAACAAAAAAUAAAUAGAUGCACACGAAAAGACCUGUUAUUCAUGAUUCAAUAAGUUUAAAAAGACCAUUAAUGGUUACUUCACAAUACUUUUAUUACAACUACAAAACUACAUCAUUUUAUGGUCAUAUUCCUCAGUUGCAACGCAAUCUCGAACCUUCCUUUUGAUUAAGCUAGUGGAAAUGGAAAAUUCUUGAUUGCCCCGCCGCUUCGUCAAAGUCGCUACUUUGAAAUUGCCCAGUAUUAUUCGAUUGAUCGAAAUUCCGGGUAAUUCGGGGGACUCGUUAGCUUGGGGACAAAGUCGAUCUUGUUGGCAGCAGUAUGCUUACGAAUGAACGGCAGAACAUUUUUCUGGCGUUUUUCGAUGUAAACUAUGUAACCGUCGAGGAUCCGACGAAUGGUUCCAUUUUAGGACCACAAUUCCAAACCGCUUCUCAAAGUAUGGCCUUUUUCACGAACUCAUCGGCAAAUACGAACUGAAAUAUUCCUGGGACAUUUUAACGUCUAGUCGCGAUGUAAAACUUUUGACUAAGAAACUGCUGGAACUUGAGUUUGACGCUCUUUUUUAACAUCGAACAAAAUGCAGCUAUUGUGUGUCGUCAAAAAAAAUAGUCGUAUAAGAGCCUUACACGCUUUUUGGUCACGAGAUCCACUUUAUGUGGCAGUUCUUAUGUUCAUUAGGCUUUAAGGACUUGCAUACGCUCUGAGCAAGGAUGUUCCUCACUCUUCGAAAGUUGGUGUUGUACAUUCUGGCCACAUCUCGCAUCGAUGGACCGGGGUUGGCUUCAACGUGUAUCAAAGCCUUGCUGCGCUGUUGACGAUCUUUGGUUCCAGGGUUUUCGUAAAUCUGCCGAUACCUUCCCACAAUCAGGCUAUCCUCGUAGGUUUUAGGCACUCGAAAAAUGGUUGUACCUUCUCUCAAGUUUCACUUGAUGUUAUCACAAUGAACUACUUUAAUAAAUCUUCCACCAGUUGUUCUCUAUAGAAGUGAAAACUAACCAUAGUCAAAGAUAUUCGAUUUCCAACGAUUCCCAACCCUGCUAGCGGCACGUGAUCCAAUUCCGGAAGUACCAGAAGUGAUGGACCUCACAUCGAUUUUCUAGAGAUGAUUCAACUUAUUUUUACUCACUUAGUUUUGAAUAAAAGGUUGAUGAUUUUACUAGCUGCUUUUGAAUUUCCGGAUCCGAAUCCGACCUUCAGUUCCAGAAUUACACUGUCAAAAAAUUCAAUUUGUCGCAUAAUUGAAGUGGCGGAAGAGUACGAAAUUUUCAAAACUGGACUUAAAACUAUUUCCCCGAUUUUCGGUGUCAGAAACACAGAACGGAAACUAUUUCGAUUUCUCCUACAUAACGAAUCCGGCUUUUUAGCAACUUAGUUACGAAUCGAAGGUAUCCUAAUUCAAACGCAUCCUAAAAAAACUUUUAAAAAAUUUGAAUUUUAAUCGUACCCGUGUGGUCGGUUGAAUGCGUAGGGGGCUGAUCUUACAAGUCAGUUGUCGUAUGUUCGAGCACCGUCCAGGAAGAGUUCUUUGUGUUAGUGGGAUCCUAGAUCUAGCUUUAUGCACGCUUGGAUUCGGUUGCAAAAUCAGUUUGAAAUGUGGAUCGAAUUCCACAUAUAAGACUCUGACCUCGGGAAAUUGCUAGAUCCCUGAGGGGAAUCAGCCAAAACCCCGAAUCCUGGUAUGGGAGUCUUAGAGUGGGCACUCACGGCCUCUUUUAUUCACCGAGUCCCAGGGCGUUAAAGUGCGGGGGAGAUUUCGGAUGUGUGGAAGUCCUAAUCGUGAAAUAAAAGAAUAAAUACCUUUUUUUCCUAACCUAUAUUGAAUACGAUUGGGGCUGGAUCUCUCACGAUGGUGGCGUCCGAGGUGACAGCGAGGGUAUCUUAACGGUGCUGCUAGGUUCUGAUUAUUUCACGGGUAUCGGUCGAUCUUCGAGUGAUCUUCGGUACUUUCAGAGACUGAUGCGGUCAAUCUAGAGUCAAUCCGGAACUAUGCGCUGAGACGUCCUGGGAUAGAGCACGUGCUAUAAUUCAGCCACAGGUGGGUACCUGCCAACCUAACCCUUUUGAUGUUACGGUGAGGAUGCUCGCACAGGCUCCCAAUUUAAGUAAAAAUAACGCUGUUGGGACCGGCGACUCCACCAUCGACUCUACAGAAACUUGGAAAAACUCCCAAAACUUUUGGUAGGACUUUUGUAACUACCUCCGUGCUCUACGAUGGAUCUCGUUCAACUCCUCUUGCAAUACCUUCUUUCUUCCAACCAACCCGUCCAAUAAGUCCACUCUCGACCUCUCUUUCUCUCGCUCAGUUCUUCCGCCACAUUUCAGUUCAUUGGAGGGCCUUCCAAUCGCCACCCACCAUCGUGACUCCAACGCAGCCUAAUUUUUCGAACUCCACUGUUUGAAUCGACCGUUGGCUAAACACUAACUGAACACAGAUUUUCCUACACAAUCCACACAUAAUUUUUAUUUUGUUACUACGAAUCGGUAACACACAAAAGGAAUCUAUUACAAAAAAUUUACUUUUGUAAUUUCAACAACUGCAAUUAAAUUUUAUCCUGAUCCGAUAUCCGAGUCCGGAGUUAAAGGGUUAUCAGCAAAAAAAGCUACUAACCAUCCUAUGAGUGUCGGCAAAUAAAAGAGACAAGCCCCAGAUCAAUUCCAUGGCAAGGCACAAAUCUCCACAAGGCACAAAUAUACAGGGGAACGUAUCACUUGAAUAAAUUUAUUCUGAUUCCUGAUAGAACCGAGAAACAGGUUUUGAGAAUGGGGUUUUGGGUCGAUACACUUAUUCUGUUGAUUUUGGAUCUUUUUGUUCUUAUCCCAUAAGUAAUUUUCUGGAAGGUUUGUAAAAUAUUGAAUUGUUUAUAAGUUUAUUUCGUCUUGGUCUUUGGUUUUCCACCGAGGGGGUCUGCAGAACAAUUUUUGCUAAGUGUUUUAUCGAUGAGUCAUCUUUUUAGUCAAAUCAUGCCAAUGAGAUAGACGGGAAAGUAUACGCGAUUUUGAAUAAUUAAUUCUAACCCCGCUUUCGAUGGUCUUGUAUGCUAAUGUAUUGUCUUGCAAAAACGAAAUUUUGUUUCGUAUCGCGUGAAUUGCUACCAAAUCAGCACCAGCGUGGCCAAACAAGCAUCCGAAGAGUGCUCGCAUUUGUGUUAUUGUUUCGGAUGUGGUGUGUGUUUGUGUGCGCUCAGUCACAAUUAUUGUGGCAUUUCAUAACUAGUGAACCUUCAAUUUUCAGAAGGUCAACACAAUUUCAUGUGUGACAGCAUCCAUCACGACGAAACCCUGCUAACUAAAGUUUCACUUUGCUUCAGUCUCCUUCGCCGUUCUUCUUCCGUUGGUUCCUCUGAAAAAUAACCAUGUUCUAUGGAACAACGAAAAAAGUAUUUUCCUUACUCAUCAUAAUGUCAAACACGUAAACAAAAACAGAAAACUGUAUCGCCCUGUCAUGAGCCUGAAUUAUAAGAUCUUUGGCGAUGAUAUAAAGAAAACAUUCCUCUUAGAGCGGCCUGAAUGAGUCCAUGCCUGAAAAAUUUCAAAGAUACUGUUUUAAAAUCAUACCAAAGUACCUAGUUUUAUUCAACGAUUCGAAUAUUUCACCAUAAACUCCCUGAAUAUUUUCUGCUUUUGGAAAUUUCUCAAUUUAUUUAAAUAUUGUGCGAGUUGAGCAAAAAUCAUUGAUUUUGCAGUUUAAUUUGAAGUUUGUUUAAGUUUUUGAAAGUGCAGUAUUCUUUUUCUAUCGUUGUUCAUCGUAUUGUCAACGAUUUUUUCGCAUACACUACAGAUAUGAGAAAAAUAGCGGCUAUCUCAUAACUGUUGUUCCCGGAAAUCGAGUAAUAACCGCUUAACCUUCGCACCAAAAAAAAAAAAAAAAACUCGUGCUGAAUAUCCAAAACGUGUCAAUCUCUAUGAUCGAAAAGGAAAUGAGGCUUCACAACCCACUCCGGUUACGAGCGCGGAGGUUGCAUCGAAAACUAUCCAUCAGCAGUCGAACCGUUCGACGGGAGAAUUCAAUUAUUUCCGAAACAUGCAGGACCAAAAUCAAAUUAAUGCAGCCCGGUCGUUAGAAAGCAACAAAAUGAAAGAAGAUCAAGCACCCAAUUUAAAAUUGACUGAUUUUUUUUCAUCACAUCAAACGAUUCGUGCCAGUGCAUGUGAGCGAGCUGAUUGAAUUCAAUUAAAUGGGUCGGAUUGCUGACACCUCUCGAAACAGGAGAACGUUGCUUCUAUGUUUGUAUUAUUUGUGUUUGUUUUACUUGUGAUAGCAGAUGUAUGCAAUUCGUUUUUUGUAGACAUUCUGUUUCCGCUUGAGGAUCAGUGUAGGAUCCCGUUUUUGGGAAAAUGAAAGGAAAUAAUUUUUUUACUAAACAAUUUUUGAUGCACAAAAUCAGAAACUACUAGAGAUAAAAACGCCCGAAAGGAAACUUCAUAGCACUGCGCAACAUUGUUGAGCAAUAAAGUAGCGCAACAAACCGUGUACCAUUUGCUUCAUGAUACAUUCUGAAUCGUUCGCCUUCUUUUCAAAUUUUGUAAAUAGUCUGAUUUUUGUAGUGAAUGGAAGUAAAACCAAAAAGUAGAGUAAAGGUUGGUCGUUUGUAACCAAAAUUUAGUCCAAUAACGAGAAGGCAAGACACGAUUAACUACACAGAUUAAAAAUUUGUUGAUAUAUGUAAUUGACACAGAAUGUCAAGCACAUCCCGUUAUUUACCAAUCAAAUCAACAUGUAAGAUUGGUGAUACUCUUAUUCCACUAAAUUAUGAAAACAAUGAAUCCAGAAAAGGAGUUGUGCUUUUGUAAAUUAUUACACAGAAAAAAGAGACACGUUAGAAUUAAGUAAAUCUUACAUAGUUAGAGUAAGGAAAAAAUAGGCACGUAAGUGAAAGUGAAACGGUACUCUCUUGGGAGUUACAGCGGAAAAUGUUUGUUUAAAAUGACAAAUAAAAGUCCCGAUAAAACGAUGAAUACAGUUUCAAAAUGAUACGAAUUUCGAUAAUGGAAGAGAAAAAUAAAUGCAAGAAAUCAAAUGAAAAUGGCAUGUAAUAAAAUUCGGUAAUGAAGUGAAGUAAAUAAAACAAUAUAUUUAUGAAAAUA